GUGACAACAAUAGUCUUCCACAUGAAAAUUUGAAGUAGAUCGCAAAAGUUCUAUUUGGUUAAAAAGAUUAACAGAUCACUACAAACCUCAAACGCAAGAUGACCUCGAUGGUAAUCCUGGCUUCUUGCGUGACACAACUUGAAGUGAAAAUAUCCAAAAUAGGAACGACAUACACUAUAUACGAGAUUACAGAUGUCAGUGAACCUGACAAAAUCUAUUGCUAUUGUAAGAACAAUGCUAAUACUUAUGCUACUCUACUGGAAACAGCAAACAUGCCUUCUCUGCACAACAGGAGAGUCCAGGACAUGUGUAUUCUUAUCUAUAAAGUCAUUUAUGGAAUAACACCUACUCCACUUCGUAAUCUACUGACGCUUAGAAGUAAAUCACGUAAUUUACGGGGCGAAUUGAUUCUUGUACAACCUAGAGUUAUCACCACCAAGUAUGGACUAAAAACCUUUAGGUACUACGGGCCAAAAAUCUGGAACUCUCUAAAUGAUGAACUCAGAACUUCUCCGACCCUUAAAAAAUUUGUAACACGCAUCAGAAAGAUCACCUUUGACGCAUGUAACUGCUCUUUAUGUAACUGUUAGAUUAUUGUUAAUAUUGUACCUUUUAGAAUCAUUAUCUGUAAAUAAUAUCGC